GUGAUACCUAAAUGAUCUCAACUAUUUUUUAAAUGUUUUAUCUGUUUUUUUCUAAAUUUAAAUUAUAGUUGGAGCUAAAAGAAGUAGAAACUCAAAUGAUAUAAAAAGUAAAAUCCAAGUUAAAUUUAGUUUGCUCAAUAAUCUAUCGCGAAUGUGAAGUUAGUAGGCUACCAAUACGUUGAAUUGAACUACAAGUAAAGAGAAAAAAGUUAAUUUCACUCCCAAACAAAAAUUAGACGAAGGGCGCGUGAUCAUUGUAACGGUGAUUACCGUGAUUGAGGGAACUUCGAAAGUGGAGUUUGUUGGGAGUUGUUGGUUCAGUAGUGUCUGGAGAGCAGCAUGAAGCGGGAGAGCUCUGACAAAAAUGUACCUGUCAGUGAGAGUGGUGGUGAAGAGCCAAUCAACUCGGAGAAGCUCAUCUCAUACUUUGGAGACAAAAGACUGAUCGGCUACAAAGCAAUACCUUACCUGCUGAUCACAUGCUUCAUCUUUAUAAACUUGGUGUUCUGCCUGAACUAUGAAUGGCCGCAGUUCAUCCGACGAAUCCUAACUAUCAAAGAGUUUUGUUUCGCCAUUUUUGCACUAGGAGGCUACUUCGUACAGUUCGACUACUACGUUGUAGAGAAAGACUACAUUUUGAAAUAUUUGAAAAUUGUGGACCAGCAUGCUACAUCCGAUGCUAAGAGAAAAAUCAUCAGGGAAACUAAUGAUUUCAUCCGCUAUCACAGCAGGUUUGCCGUCAGAGCUUUUUCAUUCAUGUUCGUAUUCGCCUGUUGCAUUCCACUGUUGCAAGUGAUUAUAGUUGUGAUGAAAUCGGUCCUGAAACAGGAACCCAUGCUUAAGCUGCCGUUCGUCAUUUUCCUCUACAUGCCUGAAGGGUUCAGAUCGCCGCUGGUCUACCUUGCAACCCAGAUGGUAGCUUUCACAUGGUACGGACUGGCCAUGCUGAUGUGGGGGAUCGGCUACAAAAUAUUCUUGAUCGCGAUGAAAUGCAUUUGCGCAGAGAUGCAGCUGCUGUCGCAGAGUCUGAUGGAGCUGGACACGGCGCUGAUGACCAAUCGAGUCGAGCAGCAUUUGGAUGCCAUCGGCGAAGACCUGGUCAUAGGAGCUGAAAACAAUGUCAGACUCAAGAGAUACUUGCAGAAAAUCAUCAGGCACCAUCAGGACAUUAUCAAAUCUAUGAAAUUGUUGAACAACGAAUUCCAACUGACAAUAAUAAUAUUCAUUAAUAUCUACAGUUUACAGCUUUGUCUCUACAUAAUAUUCAUUUUGAAGAUGCCAGAGAUUGUUCACAGAAUUAAAUAUCUAUUCGUCUACGUGGUUGUAUUGUUCAUUCAACUUCAAUGGGCGACUUAUGGACAAGAUCUUAUUAAUAACGGAGACAGACUUAGACUAGCGCUAUACGAGAGUUCUUGGAUCAAUAAACCUCUCUGGAUGAAAAAGUCGCUACUUAUCAUGAUGGCCAGAGCAGAACAACCCUUAGAGUUCAAACCGUAUGGAUUAUACGUGCUGGACAAACAGUACAUGGCAAAUCUCUUCAAAGCAACGUACACCUACGUCAACGUAGUCUACGAAUUCUUGAAUUGAUCUUUGGAUUUCAACAUAACUAUCAACUUGCUCAUUUUGAGAUACAUUGCUAACGAUCUUUUCUACUUUGAUUAAAUGUUGUAAAUAAAUGAAUGAAUGAUAUAAACACUGA